UAUUUAGAGCAGUGAGCGGCGCCUGAGCUCCUCCAGUGUGAGAGCCGCAGUAGUCCCCGGUGUGUGACAGGAGACGCCCGUACAGCCCCGCUCCCCUCCUUCCUUCCUCCCGUUAGCUCCGUGUCUCCGGCAGUUUCUCCCUUCUUCCCUCCUCGGCUUCUCUUGCCCUUUAUACCUUUUUUUAUACGUACAGUAUUUUUGCCGUUGUUCCGGUCGGAGGAGACGUCUGUCAUAAGCAGCAGCCAUGUCCAGCACAGAGACCGGCACCUCUCCCGAAUACUCCGCCUUCUUCGCGGUGAUGGGCGCCUCGUCAGCCAUGGUGUUCAGCGCACUGGGAGCUGCCUAUGGCACCGCAAAGAGUGGCACAGGGAUUGCAGCAAUGUCUGUCAUGCGGCCUGAGCUGAUCAUGAAAUCAAUCAUUCCUGUGGUCAUGGCGGGUAUCAUUGCCAUUUAUGGACUGGUAGUUGCAGUGCUUAUUGCAAAUUCUUUAACAUCAGCAAUCACAUUAUACAAGAGUUUCUUACAACUAGGUGCCGGCUUGAGCGUAGGACUGAGUGGUCUUGCUGCUGGUUUUGCCAUUGGUAUUGUUGGAGAUGCAGGAGUGCGGGGUACAGCGCAACAGCCUCGACUAUUUGUAGGCAUGAUCCUGAUCCUCAUUUUCGCUGAAGUCUUGGGUCUUUACGGUCUGAUCGUGGCCCUUAUUCUGUCCACAAAAUAAAGAAGAAAUUUCUUCCCCCUUCCUUGACGUUCCAGAAAUCGCCACUUACAAAAUGGUUUUAUCUCAUGUGUACAGUCAUCCUUCACCCACCCUUAUUCAGUAGUUUCUCCCCCUUCUAUCCCCCGUAACUGCGCAAUUGUAAGUUAGUGACUGUUGUGUGUAACCCUCUAGCUAUAUUCAUCAAGAGGACUUCAGGGCAAUAUGGGGUCCUGAUGCCAUUGUUGUGGGCAGGAAGCAGGCAUCACUUCCACAAUCCUCACCCAACAACUGCCCCUUCUGCGUGCAGUGUUUAAAUUUUAUUUUUUUCUUGCCUCCCAUAUCGACUCUGGAUGUUUCCUAACAAAGGUACCAUGUAUAAAUGAUCUAGACUGUAAUUUCCCUAUUUCAUUCAAUGUUUUAUUUAUAAAUACAAAAAUUCUUCAUUGUUCAUACUUAAACUGAGAGCCAGCUGUUUCUUUCCUCUUGUUACUCUUCCCAGCCCCCCUUCCCUUUGCUGCAUAUAUAUUUAAUCUUUAGCUGUAUAUCUGUGUGGGGUUUCCUUGUAAGUGCUGAGAAUUCCCUGGAUGUAAUUUGGUUCGAGAUUGCUGUAAUGUUCUGACAUUGGAGUGAGGUCUAAUAUAUAUAUUUUGUUCUAGUUCUUUUGUUUUAAUACAAGAAGAAAAAAAUGAUUCCCGUCCGUGUUAACUGGUGACAGAAUAUUUUAAAAGCAAAAUCUUGACGUAUGGUAAAGAUGCGCCUGCUGCUGGGCAUCAGUUACACAUUUCCAAAUAAAACAUCUCAAUACACAAAA